GUAUGACUCUAGGCUUUUGCGGGAUCUGGAUAUGGGGUUGCCUGCUUGAUGGUUUGGGAAAGUCGGAUUCCAGGCAAGUAUUUAUUGGACUAGGCCCAGAAUUCCAAGAGACGCAACUGGCACGUGCUGGUGAAAGAAAUGACGCGACUCGAAACAACUGCACUCACCAAACACUCGAGCUCACUCUCAACUAAUUCCUUCGUUCUUUGGCUGAAAUCCGCUGUGGCCAACUCGACUCGCGACUUUGCGAUCCGUACCCGGGAAUGCACAAACGUGUAUGGACCAAUAUUGUCACAGCGUUCAAUCUCUUGUACUCCGCCACCGCCGAACUCGCCUCGAGGAAUUCGAGUUAUUCUCCGAAUGGUGUGAAGCGAAUGCAGGACGGUCUGCACUUGCCCUUGAGCCGGAGGCUUAUUCCUCAACGACUCGCGCUCGGUGCGGGCGCCGGCGUAGCAGGACUUGGAGACUUUUUCGAUGUAACGUAUAGUGUCCUGAUAGACAUUGGCGGGACACCCUUGCCUGUCGUGCUAGACACGGGUUCCUCGGACCUCUGGGUACUGUCCGCCCUAAAUACCACCCUUUAUCCACCGAACACGUUCCAUGAUAUGGGCCUCGAUGCCACCCUAGUGUACGGCGACUCCCAGACUGGCACACAUGCGAGAGGGAUCAUCGGAUAUGAUGCGGUGUCGCUCGCGGGCUUGACUUUGCAAGACCAAUAUUUCGCGGCGAUCAAUGAUACAAAUACGUCUGUAGUUCAGACUGGGUGUUCCGGGAUCUUCGGACUGGGGUUUCCUCUCAACAGUGUUAUCUGGACCGACGUGUUCGUGAACCAACAUCAGGUUUCGAGAGAACGAAGUCUUCAUCGUGAGGUAGUUUCGCCUAUCACUGUCAUGUCGAGAAAUUACGCAAGUCGUUGGUUUAACAAAUCCAUCCUCGGAAUUUCCUCGUCUCGACACACCAAACCACCCUCUAACCAACCUCUUCUGCCUCAACGGAAACGUCAGACGACGGGAGCGUCCAUAAUUUCUUCUUUCGGAGUAUCCGGGCCAUUCAUCCCUCGCCUUGUUUCACUCGGAGUGCUUGUCUCGCCCAUGUUCGCGAUUACGUUGCAGCGAGAGACAAUCGAAAUCGGAGGGAACGAAGGCAUGUUCUCCAUAGGUGGACUACCACCUGGGGUCCAAAAUGAGAGCCUGACAUGGAUUCCUGUGCGCAAAUAUACACUUCAGCAAGGUGGCCUGACCCAGGAUGCUCCUCAUGAGGCAUAUCCCAUCGCCUGGGAGAUCCCAGUGGAUGAUGUUUUUCUUGACGGCGUGAAACUUCCACGAUCACAGCUGUCUUCUCCUAAUAUCUCACUCUCAGCGCUAGUUGACACAGGCAACUCUCUGAUUCGCGGUCCACCUGACGUCAUUUCGUACAUCCAGAAUAUGCUAGGGGGACCUCACUUCGCUUGUUCAUUUCCUCAUACAUUGGCGUUCCAGAUUGGCGGACGCCUGUUCCCUGUCGACCCAAGAGACUUCGUCAACCAGGUGCGCUCAGGAAACGUACAGGUGUGCGCGGCAAAUCUUGCACAGACUGACGUGCCAGUUCUUGGUGGGGGUGGAUAUCUCUACAGCUGGAGUCUAGGGGAUCCAUUUCUGAAAGGUGUGCUCGCAGCGUUCUAUUACGGCUCCUUCGCGGGACCUUCGCAGGACCCUCCACGCAUUGGACUCCUAUCUACCGUUCCUUCUGAUGCUGGUCAACAGUUAGAAGACGCCGUCUCAGCUGCAGCUGUGGAACAGUACGAUCUCCCUGGGACGAAGGUUUUGCCGCCAUCCUCUCUUUCUCCUCCACUAAGCACCGGCAUCGGGGGGAUCCCUCUGGCAUCUCUCCCACUUGGCACCGGCAUCGGGGAGAUCCCUCUGGAAUCUCUCCCCGGUUCUGCGCAUGGCUUAGGCGGGAACAACCAAGCUGGGCAGGCCAGCGGUGCAAGAGAGGGCAUGCAGGUGAGCUUCGCCGCUGUUCUGUGCACUACAUUUGUCACUCUAGCGAUGUGGACAUUUUGGAGAACAUUCGCAUGAGCGCCGUAUCUGAUGUGUAUGAGUAUAUUGCGUUUCCGAGUCUUGGGCAUUUGUAUCAUGUACCUUGCAUUUUCGAUAUCUUGUAGCACCUACCCACAUACGAUUCUCUGUUUUUCAUGUCUGGCGCUGGGUCCCCUGUCUUAAAAAUUUCGAUCAUCGAUCCCUGGUGUUGGUAGGGAGUUGAUGAGUAUGCAACGUGAGAAACAUAC